CACCCGUCGUUCCCGCGUUGGGGUCCGCCGGGUAUACUUGGUCAGGAUCAAAGAUAAGGCCACGAGUGACCACCAAGCUACUGGAGCCUCAAAAUUAGCAGACAUUGCUAUUCCCUGCUGCAGAACUUAAUGAUUCUUCCUCCACACCCUUCUCUUUCCCUUGCUACUUCGAUUCUUUUCUGUGCAAACCAAAUGAGUUCCAAGAUCGGCCCUUCUCAUCUUCCACUCUUCCACAAGUUGCCAGCCAAAAACCUCAGCUUUGAACCAGCAAAGCCUCUCGGAUUCAGGUCCCGAGCAUGCUCGCCCAUCUCAUCAUCUUACACCGGCCCAAGCAAGCAGGAAUCCACCGGAAGAGUUGUGCCGGCCCCCGAUGCAUACAGCGUCAAGUUCGAAACGUUGGAAGGUUGCAAACUGGGCAUUUCCAGGUAUCCGGACUUCGAGUACAACGCCAAAGGAGGCGUCGGCAAUGCAGUGGGAAGAAAGGACAGGGCCGAUGACAUGCUCUGCGUCUCCUUCGAUGUCGGGACGCUGUACAUCCCGCCGCUCACGGGUGCGACCACGAAGUUCUUGGGGUUGCCAUUGCCACCUCUCCUAAAGAUCGCGAUUGUUCCAGAGGUCUUCCAGGGAACCAUCAGCAGCAGGAGUGGGAAGGUGGUGGUGGAAACUACUCGUCGGCUGAUGGUUGAGUUGGUGUUCAGAGCCCGGUUCUUGUUCUCCGUGGGAAGCAUCUACAGAGCUCCGCCCUUGAUGGUGGAGACGACGCUCACGUCGGAGGAGUCCAGAGGAUCGAUGCGGUCAGGCAGGGGAGAGAGAAUGGAUGAAGAGGGACGGUGCAAGAUGGUUGGUGUAGCCGUGGUGGAUCCGAUCAACGACGCCCUGAUGAACGCCUUCCUUGGGCUGCCGACCGAAUGCAUCGCAAUCCUCAACGCGAAAAUAUCGAUCGCUGCCCCUUGAUGAGAUGCCCCUGCAAAUUACAGUGUGUUUAAAGUGAUACAGAAUCAAUCUUGUUCAUACGAUUAUGAACUCAAAAUAUACAGAAAUUGGCGAA